UGUUUCCGUACGGACGAUUCGCGCAGCUGUACUAGCAUGUGUUGCGCUUGUUUUGUUAGUUCCAGUCUGUCAGAAGGGCUGGUUGUUCACAAAGUUUUGAUUUAAAAACACUGUCAUGUCUUCGGCGGAGGUAGUUUUGGGUUUCCUUGAAGAGGCGGAGCCGUGGCGGCUUCGGGCCUCACAGUUCCCCAGUAAAGUCGGCGGGAGGCCGGCGUGGCUCAGCCGGACAGGCCUACCCUCCGGGUCCGCUCUGCAGUGUGAAGUCUGCCAGCUGCCGAUGGGCUUCCUGCUGCAGGUGUAUGCUCCAAUAUCGGGUCAGGACAGAAGUUUUCACAGAACCCUGUUUCUGUUCUGCUGCAGAACUCCUGAGUGCUAUUCACGAAAUGACAACCGCUGCGUAAAAGUGUUCAGGAGUCAGCUGCCCAGAAAGAAUGAUUUCUACCCCUACGAGCCUCCUCCAGUAGAUGAACCCCAAGGCGAUCCAGAGGACGACCAUAGUGUGUUACCUGUCUCCGGGGUUAAACUGUGUUGGGUGUGUGGCUGCCCGGGCAGCAAGGCUUGCUCCCGCUGUCACGCCAUAACCUACUGUGGGAAACAGCACCAGACCGUCCACUGGAAACACUCUCACAAGAGGGAGUGCUGCAGUCCAGAGGCCUCUAUCGUCACACCGUCACCUCUUCUUUUUCCUGAAAUGGAGCUUGUUACUGAACCUGAGGAGGAGGAGCAGGAAGAUGCAGAGGCUGAGGAAGAAGAGGGCUGCCUCCAGAAGAGUGUUGCUGCUCCAUUAGCAGACACUCUGGCAGAGGCGGACCUGGAGGAGAUGGCGAUGCAYGAGACUGAAGACAACAAAGUUUUCCAGCGGUUCAAGAAGAGGAUCGCCUCAGAGCCACAUCAGGUGAUUCGUUACAGUCGAGGAGGCUGUGCUCUGUGGGUUUCCUCUCAUCACAUCCCUUCAGACCAGGAUAUCCCACCAUGCACCUGUGGCACCAAGCGGACGUUYGAGUUUCAGGUGAUGCCUCAGCUGUUAAACAGCCUGUGCGUAGACUCGACGGGCGCUAGCGUCGACUGGGGGACUCUGGCUGUUUACACCUGCUCUGACAGCUGUCACCGUGAUGACCAGUACUGCCAGGAGUUCAUCUGGAAGCAGGACUUCAGCUCAGAUCAGCACAUGCAGACAAAAACACAUAAAUGAGCUCUUUAUUUAGCAGAGAUCGUAGUUUAGCUGAAAUGAGCUGCUGCCGAAAGAAAUGGCUUCAUGUAUUCUUCGUGAACCCAUCAGGAAACCAUGUCCACAGAGAAACAUUCAUCUUGUCCUGCAGAGGGAAGACUCAUCUUAUUUUUUUAUUCUAAACAUAUAAUAUAUUGGUCUACAUUUAAUUUACACACUCCUGGAUUGUGUUCUUUUUUUCUGUGAACAUUCAGGUAAUUUAUAUGGCAAAUAUUAAGYCUUUAACCCGAUUUCAGUUAUAUAAAUAUAUUUAAUAACAUGAGUGACUUGUCUAAAACUUUAGAGAUUCACAAAAUAUUGUUUAAUAAGAAUUUUUCUUCUACUUUAGUACAUAGGACAGCUUUUUUUCUUUAUACUAGGAAUUKAGAAUAAGAGGGGCAUGUUAUACACCAGACUCAAUUCAGAAGAGCUGAAGGCCACUAUCAGAGCAACCUGGGCUCUCAUAACACCUGAGCAGUGCCAGACUGAUGGACUCCAUGCCACGCCGCAUUGCAAAUAAUCCAGGCAAAAGGAGCCCCAACUAGGUAUUGAGUUUGUACAUGCUCAUAAUUUUGUCGGCCAACAUUUUGAAAAAAAAAAAUUUGUGUGUUGGUCUUAAUAUCCUAAUUUUGAGAUACUGAGUUUGGGAUUUUCAUUAGUUGUCAGUUAUAAUCUUCAAAAUAAACAUUUGAAAUAUAAGMAGUCUGUGUGUAACAAAUGAAUAUAAUAWACAAGUUUCACUUU